UCUUUUACAAUCUAGAGACAAAAUGGCUGCGUCCUUUGGUAAACAAUCGUUGUUUCGGCUAUCAAGAUUCAGUUGUCGGUGCAAGACAUCCGGCUUUCUCAACACAAAACUAUUUGCUUCUCCAUUAGUAACAAGUGGUUGUCGUCAUAGCUCAUCCUCAGCGCAUACGAAUUCGAAUAAACAAGAGUCUGAAAAACAUGAAACACAUUUCGGGUUUCAGUCAGUUUCUGAAGAAGAAAAAGAGAAUAAAGUUUACGAAGUGUUUGAAAAUGUGGCUACCAAAUAUGAUCUGAUGAAUGAUGCAAUGAGUGCUGGUGUACACAGGCUUUGGAAAGAUAUGUUCUUAGAGAGGUUCUCACCUACUCCUGGGACCAAAUUAUUGGAUGUGGCAGGUGGAACAGGGGACAUUGCUUUCAGAUUUCUGAAAUAUGUUGGUACUCCAGUUGGCUCUACAUUUUCAUCAUCAGCCAGUGUUGCUCAGUCUUCUUCAGAUGAUUCCUCAUCAUCUGACAGUGAAGGCACACAAGUGGAAAACAAAGAUUCUUUUUCAGAGCCAGACAUCAAUGGAAGUCAUGUAACAGUCUGUGAUAUUAAUCAAGCCAUGCUGGAUGUGGGCAAGGCUAAGGCCAAAUCAAUGGGUUAUUCUUCAGGGAUAUCAUGGGUAAAAGGAAAUGCAGAAGUCUUACCACUUCCAGACAACACAUUUGAUGCCUACACCAUUGCUUUUGGUAUUAGAAACUGUACACAUGUACAAAAGGUAAUAGAUGAAGCAUAUCGUGUUUUAAAGCCUGGAGGAAGAUUUAUGUGCCUAGAAUUUAGUGAAGUAAAGAAUCCCUUGUUGCGCAGUGUUUAUGACAGUUACUCCUUUCAAGUAAUACCUGUGAUGGGACAAGUUAUAGCUGGUGAUUGGAAAUCAUAUCAAUAUCUAGUGGAGAGUAUUCGUCAGUUUCCUAAUCAGGAGACAUUUGCUGCUAUGAUCAAGUCUGCUGGUUUUAGGUUUGUGAACUAUAAAAAUUUGACAUUUGGUGUGGCAGCCAUUCAUUCAGGAUUCAAAAUCUAAUGUUUAUUCAACUGUUUCAUAUGGAAGUUGUUUUGUCACAAAGAAAGAAAGAAUGCAGAAUUAAAUCCAUCCAUGCAUAAUGCACAUGUGUAGCCUAUGUAGGAAAUUAGUAACUCAAUUAGUGUAAUUGGCAGCAGUAAUUCAAAUAUAUUAGAUGAAAUUUCUUGAGAUGUUUAACACAUUGUUUUUUUCUAUUGAAUGCUGGUUCUGCAUAUUUUAAGUUCAAGAAAAAGUAAUACAAUUAAGAAGAUCUGUCAUGAAUGGUGAUUUCAUUGAAAUAUUUAACAUCCUAUUGCAAUAAGAAGUUGUCUGUUACAGUUAAGUUUUGAUUUGUAACAAAUUGUGUUUUUGUAUUUUAAUGCUGGUGCUGCAACAAAUAAAUAUUUUUUAAAAACUCAAAUACCCAGCUGACCCAAAAACAAACCAAUAAACAUGUAUCACUUACAUA